AACAGGGCGAAAAUGCGGGUCUGGGUCAAUCACCUGUUUAAUUUAGCAACUCUGCGCCCGUCUGCGGUUUAAAGUUUUCACCCAUGGCUGCUUCAGACUUUAGUCUUAUAAAUAACAAAUAAAGAUAAAGACGUCGCCAUAAAACCCUGCAAAAACCCUUCUCAUCCAUGGCGGGUUCAUCAGCAAAGAAAAACUCAAAUGAAUCAACAAAGAAGAAAAGAAAACUCACUAAUUCACAGGACAGAGAAAAAUCCUCAAAAUCAGCUCGCAAGAAAAAGCAUGUUGAAGAAGAAGAAGAAGAAAGAUGCGCAGUUGACGAGAUAAGAACAUUGGAAAACACGGAGGGAGAUACACAAACUCCAGUAGAAAAAAUUAAGAACUUUCAAUGGAGGAAUUUAGACCUAGUUUUAGCACUUGAUAUGAGAACACUAACUGCUGAAAAGAAGGUAACGUUAACUCACAAGUUUGUGAGUUCAAGGAUCACUAAAUGGGACAAUGAUGUUGAGGAGUUCAACACCUUGAGUAUUUCAAGGUUGAUAGCACACAUCAGUAAAUGGAUUCAAUCGUUACUGAUUACUUCCGAAAAGAACAUUAGAGCUGGAGACAAGGAUUCGAAGGUGUCAAAGUUUGUUUUAGAUUGUAGGUGCUGGGAGAUACUCAGAUUUUGCUUGAAGGAAUCAGAAAGAAUGUGUGUUCCGUUGAGCUUGUCACGGGAUAUAUUAAGGGUUAUUGCAUCUGUGGCCAGGAGUGCUUUGCAUUCAUCUAAUUCUGUUGAUACAGAAAUUAAAGAACUCACUUUUACUUCUGUAGAGAUUCAAUUAUUUAAGACUAUGAAUGACUGCUUAAAAUUGCUAUUUUCUUCCCGUGGCCGAUUGUUGAAUGAAAAUCUGGAUGUGUGGGCAGUGGCUGUUAGCUCACUGCUUGAACUUUUAAUCAGAUUGUACACCGAAAGUUACCAAGAUAGUGGUGUGCGAGACUUGGUCACAGAAUCUUCUUGUUUGGUGCUGGAGCCAUUCUCCAAGUUCUUGAGGUUGCAUCCUUGUCGCAAAAAUGCUUUUCGUGAUUUUGUAGAUAAACUUCUUGAACCACUGUUGCAUCUUCUGGGUUUGUUGCAUGAUCAAACCCGAGAUAAAAGUCUUGUUUUAGUGCAAAAACUGUUCAAGUUGGUUGAGGAGAUUCUUUCUUAUGGAUUGUUCCAUUCAGUUCACCUCGAUGAGUAUCUUAGCUUACACAUUACAGAUAAGUACAAUUCUUCAGUUGAUAAAAAAUUGCGAAGUUCAAGAAUGAUUAUCAAGAGCUUUCAUAGACACCUUUUCGAUAAAGUAGAUAACCUUGUUUCAGAGGGAAGGAUAUGGGCGUUGCCCGGUUUAGGAAAUGUAUUCCGUUUGUUUGUUGUUAAUGUGAAAAAACUGAAGAAGGAAUCACAGGUUGCAGAAAGUUCGAGAGCCAGUGAAACCCCACAUCUUUCAAAGGUUAGCAACUCGACCACCGAGAAGAACCAUACCACUAAGACUCCUGCCUCGGAAAUAAGGAUGUCAUUUUUUGAUUUUUUUUUGCUAACUAUGGAGCCAUUGUUACUCGAUCUCAGCAAACAUCUCCAGGAUGACCAUCUUGAAACAUCCUUACUGAAUGUGUACCAAACUCUCAAAUCUGUAAAUAAUAUCUUGUCUAGCAUGUUGUGCGAAAGAACCUAUUUAAGAAUCGAAGAUAAUUCUGGAGGAGCGUGUCUGAAUUUCUUCAACAUAAGCUAUGGUCUAUUAAUGUCGUGUUAUGCCAAGUUUAAUCAAAUGUGGCAGUCAACAUGGGGUAUUGAUAGCUUCAAGGAAGUUGAUUUAUUGAAGUCAAUGGCUAAAGAGUUUAUUCUUGUAGUUGAGAAUUUCCUUGAAAUUGAAUAUGAAGUCAUUGGCCAUGACUUAGUUAACAUAUGGCUUGUGAUUCUCAGUUGUUUGACAUUGGCGCAUUCUUCAGAGGAUGGCUCGCAACUGUGUGAACUGUUUUCACAAUCGGUUGACCUUGGUUGCCGAAUGGUUAAUCUAUACAGCGAACUGCGCCAGGUGGAUCGUGCUGUUUUCGCACUAUGUAAAGGAUUGAGGCAUCUAUCAUUUUGUCAAGUAGAUAGUGAAAUGAAAUAUUCUGAGCUAUCAUUGAACUCCUCUCUUCAUUAUGAUAAAUUUGCCAAAUCGGGUCGCUUGCUUUUGAAUUCUCAAAAGUUUAGGAAUGCUGUUUGCAAUGUGAUUAAGUUUAUACCUGAAGGGCAGGCUGUUGAUUUUGUUCAAAGUUUAUCCGCUGAUAUUUCGGAUUGCUUGGAGUGGAUGAACAUUGAAGGGGAGACACACCCCUGUAGACUUAGUGCCCAAGCAGAAAUGUUGGGUUUCGUCUUCUCGGAAAUUUAUACUCUGGUUCUGGAUUCGCUUUCAGUUUCUGCUGGUUAUAGUUCCCGUAUGGGCGAAUCUAUAGAAAAGCUGAUACUGGGGAUACGUCCCUGCAUGAAGCAUUUAACUACUUUUCUGGAAGAUGGUCCUACUGGGUUUGUUUUCUCAGUAUUGCGAGCAACACAAAAUAAGCAUAAGAAUUACAAAAAUGAUUUAUCGAGUAUUUGUCCCUUGCUUCUCCUUUUCUUCUUUCGUGUGUACGUAUCCUGCAGAAGCUUAUACCGCCAAACGUUGAGCCUCUUGCCUCCUGAUCUAUCAACAAAGAUGUCAAAGAAGAUGGCUGACUAUUAUACUGCAUAUUCCGGUGAGAAUCACAUGAGGAGGACCAAAUUUACUGAUAAAGGAUAUUUUUCGUGGGUCAAAUCUUCAGCAUCUCUUUUGAGUAUCCUGCAAAUUAUAAAGGAUACUUAUUUCCAAGAAGGUUCAUUAAUCCACUGUUGUUUGAUUUAUGUAAUGCAUAUGAUGGCUAUACAAAGACUUGUUGAUCUAAGUAGGCAAAUCCACUGUGUGGAGUAUAUUAUACAGAGAAAUGAGAAUGAAAGAAAUAAAAUAUCAAUGGAUGACAAUGAUUUAUCAGUUUCACACAAAGACAACAGAAAACAAGAGAAAUUAGAGAUUUUCUUGUUGGCUUUGAAGCAAGAAACAGCUGGUUUGACUGGUUUUGUCAUGAAAUACCUUGCUGUAGUUGAUGAGAAACAGCAGCCUUUUUCUAUACCUUGUGGAAAAACUACAAGUAGCCCAACCCCACUGUACAUAGGCUUUGACUCAUGGGAUUUGGGUGUCUGCACGGUUGAUGAAAAGACGCUGCCUACUGCAAUUUGGUGGAUUAUUUGCCGAAAUAUCGAUAUAUUGUGUAAAUAUGCUACUAAGAAGAAGUUGAAGCUGUUCCUUAAUCUUUUGAUUAGUAGUUCACUUCCAUAUAGAGAGUUUGAGGAGCGGUCUAAGCAUUUUGAUAAUAAAUUGAUGAAAGUUAACAUGCAUCGGGUUUCACAGGAACUUCUUCAAGAUACAUGUUUCUAUGAUCAAAGAUUUGUGCGCAGGUAUAUGGCAUCCUGUGUUUUCCCAGUUUUGAAGAAGUGUAUAUCACAGUUAUUUAUUGAUUCCAUGAAUGUUGAAGCAGAACUACGUUCAUCUGAUUGGACCAAUGCUUUAAGUGUGUGUCAGAACUCAGCCAUAUCUGUGAGAGACAAACCAUUUACUUCUCGUUAUUCUCAUGACAAUCUUGUCAAUGAAUGCCUUGACAAAGGAUCGUCUUCUACUCCAACCAUUGUGAAUCUUGCUGCUUGCCGAGGCUUAUUGAACUUUUUGUGCAUGGUGGUGGAUACUUCAUUGAGCUUCAAAUCGUUAUCUCGUACUGUGACAUAUUUAAUCAACUUUGAAAGGCUCAUAAUUGGUUGCUUGCUGGGUUCUCAAGGGGCCUUGUAUUUGCAUGAGCAGCAGGAGUUUCUUAAAUUGUUGGUGGCGUGUCGCAGAGCUUUAAAAUGUUUAUUGAUGUCUUUCUGUGAGGGGAAAUCAGAAGUUUGUCGUUCCAUUCCGAUAUUGUUGGAAGUUCGAUCAUCAGUUCUGUGGUUGUUGGGAUCGUUGAAGUUGGUCACUACAUAUAAAAAUGCCUUGUCAUCACAGCACAAUAGUACCCACUUUGAUUGUGUGAUUUUCUCGCUAUUGGAUCAGACUUCAUACGUGUUUGUCAAUCUAUCCAAGCAUCAAUCUGGUUUAGCAAUUCGUUUGAUAUCUAGUAAAUCUCAUCAUGAUAGUAAGAGAAAUGAAUCAAAUGAACCCGAUUGCUCCCAGGAAUUGUCGUAUGAUGUUGAAGCUUGCAGACGUGCGACUAUGAUAAUUGACGCACUAGAAGAAGAGAUAAAAGGUUUUCUUCUUUUCCCGAAGGAGGCCUUCAGUAUCGGAGAUGUAGAGGGUGGCAUACAGCCUGUAGAACUAUACAAAUUAUCCUCUGUGAUAACAUGCAUUCAAGGGUUUCUAUGGGGAUUGCAGUACUCUCUAAGCGACAUAUUUGCAAGCCGUGAUGAUUUGAAAGUAAAAUUGAUGAAGCACAAACAUGAUAUUAUGUCUAGAAUAGACGGUUUUACGAGCACUUUUAUUGAGCUCUGUGGAUAUUCUUCCCAUAUAUUUCUUCACAAUAAUUAUGAGCAUCAUAAUCAUGUUCUAGAGACAGAUGCAUCUAAAAAGACUGGCCAUACCUUUGCAAAUGAUUUGAAAUUUGAAAAUCAAAAUGGGAAUCCAGUAUCCGAGAAGAUGAACUCGGCUUCUUGUGGAACAAAUGCAUCUAAUUCUGGCCGAAGGAAGAAAAAGUUGAAGUCGGGUUACUUUAGAUCAGCCCUUACAGGGCUGACGGAGUUUAGCUCAUUCAAUUACAGUUGCCUGAGGAUUGAUUUAUUGGAUAGCUUCUUAAAUGGGAAAAAUUUGGAUGCAGCAGUUUUAUUGAGAGGACUUUUUGUUGCUUCUUCAGCUAUCAUGAGGCUAAGCAUGCUGAUUGAUUGUUCCCCCUUGUCAUCCAAUUUAAUUCAAUUUUUUCUCGGCUGCUCUGAAGUUAUAUUGAUAAAGUUUUCUGAAAUGCUCGAGAUACCCAAUUCAUCUUGUUUUGGUUGGUUGGAUGGACCUGUAAUGUUUCUAGAGGCAAUCGGGAGUCUGUUUGCAUUUACUAGUCCUAUCGCUACAAGAACUAUCUACACCAAAUUGGUAGAGUUACAUGUAAAGGCUAUUGGUAAAUGCAUUUCUUUACAAGGAAAAUGUGCUAUGUUAGCUUCUCAUAUUGAGUCAAGUUCCAAGAUAUAUGCUGAAAGACAAGUUUUUGAAUCAACUAUCAGUGACCCCCUAUUUGGCUUAGACAAUCUCAAGGCAAGGUUAAGAAUGUCUUUUAAAGCUCUCAUUGAGAAAUCAUCAGAGCCAUUGUUAUCAUCUGCUCUGCAAGCUCUAGAACGAGCACUAAUUGGUCAACGUGAAGGCUUUACGGGGAUCUAUGAAGUAAAGAAAGAAAGUGAUGUUGGGGGUACGGUUUCUUCAAUGGUCGCAGGUGCUGUUGAUUGCUUGGACUUGCUUCUUGAAUUGUAUAAAGGGAAAAUUCUAUUGAAUGCGGUUAAGAUGCACAUCAAUAGCUUAGUUGCGGCACUGUUUAACAUUAUGAUACACCUACAAGGCCCCACCGUGUUCUACGAAAAACCUAAUGGAAAUGCAGUAAACAAGAAUCCCGAUUCAGGAUCUGUAGUUCUCAUGUGUGUUGAGGUACUAACCAGAAUUGCUGGAAAACGGUCUCAAUUUCACCUGGAAUCCCAUCAUGUGGGACAGUCUGUACAGAUACCUACAACAAUUUUGCAAGGGUUUUGCUACAUUAGAGCAGGGGAAAGUUCUCAUCCAAGUUCCUUAAAUUUGGACUGCAAAAAGUGUGUGGAACAUGGAAGCUACUUCCCGGUUGACAGGAUUUUCUCGGUAAACUUAUAUGCAGCUUCUUGUCGAUUGUUGUGGACUGUUGUGAAACACCAUAACAGAGAGUGUGUACGGUGCAUUGCCCUUCUUCAAAAUUCUCUUCAAAUACUUCUCCGUUGUGUGGAGAUUGUAAAUAGUGAUUCAGAAGACCAAGAUGAUUACUUUACUUGGAAGGUAGAAGAGGGAGUAAAAUGCGCCAGUUAUUUGAGACGGGUUUAUGAAGAGAUUGGACAACAGAAGGAUGUCUUAGGCCAGCACUGCUUUAUGUUCUUGUCAGAUUACAUAUGGAUUUAUUCAGGUUAUGGCCCUCUUAAGAAGGGUGUCAAAAGGGAAGUCGAUGAAGCCCUAAGGCCAGGUAUCUAUGCUUUGCUUGAUGUUUGCUCAGCAGAAGACCUUCAGUAUCUUCAUACUGUAUUUGGCGAGGGUCCUUGCAGAAGCACAUUAGCGAGCAUUAAGGAUGAUCACAAACGGCAACAGUAUGAAGGGAAAGUGUGAUAAAACAACAACCAUUUGUAAUGUGUUAUUCUUACGAUUGAUGCUGUGAUAUUUACCUGACGUUAAGGCAAAAUUUCCCGCAAUUUCAGCGGACGUAUACUACUUCAAGUCGAGCUAGCUGCUUGUCGAAACAAGAAUACAUGGUGAUGCAAAUACAAGAGGACAUGAAAACCAUGCACAAUGACUGGGAAAGGGUGUAUUGGGUUAUUCAUUUUUCCUUUGCAGGUCAUUUUCGAGUCAAUAGUCUCAUUAAUCGCAACCUAUGUAUUUACUUUGAUAAGAGUACGGUUUACUAGUUAUUUAAUAUUCUUCAAACUCUAAUCAUAAAUCUAUAAAUAAGAUAUGCCGUAGUAGAGUGCGCAAUAAUAGCCACUUUUUAACUUAUUAGACUUCUUUUUUUUUUUUUCCUUGAGUUUUUGAUAUUCACCAAACAAAGGU